UUCCGUGUACGUUUGGUGCUAACCAAACGCGCUUCACGAAUAAUUCCGAAUAAUCAUGAAUAAUUCUGUCGACAUUGUCCGUUCCAUCAUUACUUUCCCGGCGUAAAAACAUCAUGACUUCAUUCAAAAUAAAUUCGUCUCGGUUUAAGUCGAACCUUCCCCUGCUAAACUAGCUUAGCUAGCUGCGAACCAAGAAACCUUUUUUUUGUGGGGUUUUGUUUUUUCUGAACAAAGAAACUACUUCGUUGCUAGCAACGCGCAUUCUAAGCAGAGAUCGAGUGUGGGUGUAAAGGGUUGUGAUAAUCGUAUAAAAUGUGUGCGAAAAGUGCGAAACUAGAGUACGAGGACACACUUGGUUGGAGUGAAGAGGAAGACGAGCCCCAGCGUCACAUUUUGGACGCCGUUCUCCAAAAGCCUCAAGAUGGAGCACACACAGCAGACGUCCGUGAAAAAUAUGUUGGUCCUGAGCAGCGGGAGCAAGAGGCACCUCACGUUAAAGAGGAGCACGAGGAGGCUGCUAUCACCGAGUUUCCAUUGAAUGUCAUUGUGAAGAGUGAAGAAGACGACGAAGAAGAGGGUGAUGGAGACCAAUGUGAAGGAUCACAAGCAAAUACCCUCUUACCUCCACUAUCAGACAGCAUAGCAUCACACUCUUCUGACACUGACGAUGAUGAACACUCUGAAGCUGAUAUGACGUGUCACAAUGAGAACAAACGCUGGAAAUGUUCUCAAUGUGGGAAAUCAUUUUCUUCAAACUCAGGUUUGAAAGAACACGUAAGAAUACACACUGGGGAGAAACCUUUUGCCUGCUCAGUUUGCGGUAAAACAUUUACCCAGAAGGGACAUUUGGGAACACACGCAAGAACACACACUGGGGAAAAGCCUUUUUCCUGCUCAGUGUGUGGUGUUAUAUAUGCUCGAAAGACUCUUUUGACAAAUCACAUGAGAACACACACUGGUGAGAAACCUUUUGUUUGCUCAGUUUGUGGUAAAAGAUUCUCUGGGAAGGAAAACUUAAGAAUUCACACCAGAACGCACAGUGUAGAGAAACCUUUUGCCUGCCCAGUUUGUGAUAAAAGGUUCUCUGGAAAGGGAAACUUAAGAACACACAUAAGAACACAUACUGGAGAAAAACCCUUUCCCUGUUCAGUUUGUGGUCAAAAGUUCUCUGAAAAGGGAAACUUAAGACGACACAGAAGAACCCACGUUGUAGAAAAACCUUUCGGUUGCUCAGUUUGUGGCAAAACAUUCACUCAGAAAGUACAUUUGGGAACCCAUGCAAGAAUCCACACUGGGGAGAAACCUUUUUCUUGCUCAAUUUGUGAUAAAAGCUUCACUAUAAAGAGAAGUUUAAUAAGGCACGCAAGAGCACACACUGGAGAGAAACCUUUUGUCUGUUCAGUUUGUGGUAAAAGCUUCUCUCUGAAGGCACAUUUAAGAACACACACAAGAACACACACUGGGGAAAGACCUUUUGCCUGCUCAGUUUGUGGUAAAAGUUUCACCCAGAAGGGAAAUUUAGAAGCACAUGCAAGAACGCACACUGGAGAGAAGCCUUUUGCCUGUUCAGUCUGCAACUUUACUUUCAUUGAUAGUACAGGACUAGUUCAACACAUGCGGACGCACACUGGGGAGAAACCUUUUGCCUGUUCAGUUUGUGGUAAAAGAUUCUCUCAAAGACGCACUUUGACAACACACACAAGAGUACACGCUGGUGAGAAACCAUGAGACGGAAGAGUGCUGGUGAGAGAAGCAGCAGUAAAUAAAGCUUUAAAUAAAUUGUGUAGAAACAUUUACCCAGCGGAGUGAGAUGAAAAAAAAUUCUAUGUGAUCUGAAUAAAAUACAAGUCG